GGCCCCAACGGUCCCUCCCAGGGCGCGCGGCGGCGGGUCUCGCACGCUGACCCCUCCCAGGCCCAGCGCGGAGCCGGAAGGGGGAUGGAGGCGGAAAGGCGGGAGCUCGCUGCAGGGCGAGGGGAAGAGAAAAGACUUACCAAGAAGAAUUUUGAUCUAGAAAAGUUAAAUAUCCCCAAGGAGAAAAGCAGAUAUGAACAAACUGAGAUUCCAACUGUGGCUAUGGAAAAUCAGACACUGCUUGGUGGAAUUUCAAGUACAGAAGAUGGAUUUAUCUCUGAAAUAUUUAGUCAAAAUAGUCCAUUUAGUUCUGAAAACCUUAACUUUGAAAAUACAGUAAUUAAUAAACCUGGUGAAGAAGGGUUUCCCUCCAGUCAAGACAGACAUUUAUGCACUAUGGCUGUUGGAGAAACUUUGCUGGAUCAAUUCAAAUACCCUCUUACUACUGAAAGUCAAAAUACAAUACUCAAGGUCAAAAUACAGCCACUUGUAGAAGAAAAUCAUGAUAAUGAAAUCAUUGGAAAUUAUCAGAAACUACAAGACCUAAAUCCUUCAGAAGAAGCUAAACAUAUAUAUCCACCUUAUCCACCGUCGCACUCAUACAAUGUCCAUUUUCUGUCUUCCUUAAUGAUGCAACAUAGAAAUUCUAAUGUUUUGUCACUAAGUACCUGCCCUCCAGAAGGAACAAUCAAUCAAAAUGUCAGAAUGAUACCCGUAUUCAGACCACUACUAGAUCCAGUUACUGGUGGGAAUAAUUGUAUUUGUUAUGACCAAUUCAAAGGAAUGCUUAAUAGUUGUGUACAGUCACAAGCCUUGCCAGGUAGCUCCGAUGAACCUUGCAGUGAUACCAGCACUUUACCUCAGACUAGUGCUCCUGUCUGUGAUGAACUUGCGGAGGUAAAAGAGGCAAUUGUUAGUAAUAUGGCUAAUAACCAAAAGGAAGCAGUUUUUCAGAAUUCAAAUGCAGGAGAAACCAGCUGCAAGUUACUAACUGCACAAAAUAUAAUGGAGGACCCCAGCUGUUCACACAGAAAAGAUUCCAGUCCAGUGGUGAUCUGCCAGUUAAAAGGAGGCACUCAAAUACUCUGUAUAAACAGUUCUGGCACAAGAGAACUGAAAACAGUUCAUCUGGUUCCCCAGUAUCAAAACCAAGAUAAUUAUCUUCAGUCAGAUGCGCCUAACCCUAUGACAACUCUGCUGGGACAAUUUUUGCCAAUUCCAGGUAAAGUGGAUCUCAAUGAACAACAGCUUGAGAAUGGAUCUUUACAAUCAGUAGCUAGCAGUGCCACAUUCCAAUCAGAAGUAAAUCUUCAAGGGCCAACAAAAAUGACUUUAGUUGGAUUGCCUCUUAGUUCAUGGGAUACAAAGUCUAAAAAACCGUGUAACUGUACCAAAUCUCAGUGUUUGAAAUUAUAUUGCGAUUGCUUUGCCAAUGGUGAUUUUUGCAACAACUGCAACUGUAAUAAUUGUUACAACAAUCCACUUCAUGAAACUGAGCGGUUUAAAGCUAUUAAGGCUUGUCUUGAUAGAAACCCAGAAGCUUUCCUACCAAAGAUUGGGAAAGGGAAACUGGGGGAUAUUAAACCUCGCCACAACAAAGGAUGUAAUUGCAAGCGCUCAGGGUGCCUUAAGAAUUAUUGUGAGUGCUUUGAGGCAAAAAUUAUGUGUUCCUCUAUUUGCAAAUGCAUUGGCUGCAAAAAUUAUGAAGAAAGCCCAGAUCGAAAAACACUAAUGAACAUGCCCAACUACACGGAAAUUAGAAAUAAUGACGAAAACAUCCUUGUUUCAACAUCUACAUUUGAAAUGUUAUCAAAAUCUAGAAGAGACAGGCAACCUACUACAUGUAUAUCCUGGGAAGUGGUUGAAGCAACAUGUGCUUGUCUCCUGGCACAAGCUGAAGAGGCAGAAAAAGAAACUUACUCUGUUUGUCUAGCAGAACAAAUGAUCUUGGAAGAGUUUGGGAGAUGCUUGUCACAGAUUCUGCAUUCAGAAUUUAAGUCCAAAGGGCUGACAGUUGAGUAAUGUACAAUGUAUUCUAAAACUAAUGAGUGUUCACUUUAUUGAGCAUCACUAUAUUCUGAGUACUGUUAUUACUCAGUGGCCUGAUUUUGACUUAACUUCAUUGAUUUUAACUCAGUUGAUUCUGAAUUACAGUGGUUUAAGUGAGAUCAGAAUCAGGACCAAAACAUUUAAAGAGUCACCUAGAAUAUUUUAUUUAUGUUAAAGGAUUUUCCAUAAAACAACAUCAUUGCUUUGGGCCAAAUUCUGAAGUCUUUAGCCAAACAAAACUGCCAUUGAAAUCCAAAUAAUUUACAUGGCUUUGAUAGGCGUUUACCUAAGUAAGGUAUUUAAAUCAAUGAUUUUAGGAUUAGGCUCCAAAAGAGGCCUGAUUUAGGAUUAGGCCCUUUUAGUACUAUGAAAGCACUUAGUACAAUCAGAAGAGUAGAGAGCUACUUUAUAACUUGUAAUAUACAUCUUUUGGUGUUUUCUCCACUUUUCCAGUUUGGGGAAAAAUUAAAUAUUAAAACCAAGAUUUUUAUAUAUGGCCUUCAUUUUUGCAGUUGCAAUUUUGCUCCCACAAAUCCAGUAGUUAGAUGUGAAUGAUUGAUAUUUAUAUUAUGCAGUUCAUUACAACUGCCCAAAAACACCUGCAGAAAUGGAGAUUGGAUGGAGGCGCAGCUGAAAACUAGGGCCUCAAAGUUUUCUCUAGACCUGUCUCAACACCUGCUCUUCCAAUUACAAUGAAUAGAGCUGCACUACUUUAAAAAGGAUUAAACAAUCACUGCCCAUUUUUGUGGGAGUUUUGUGAAUAUUUGGUUUUGGUCUAUAUAUACUGUACCUGUCAAUAUUCAAUCUACCUGCAGAUAACUGUAUUUUGAAGGUGUUCACAUUUUUGAAUCCUCACUUAGGUCCUUCUUUAUUCACACAAUAAAUAUUUAAUCAAUUUA